AUGGAGACAACCAGGAUCUUUACUGCAGAAGCACUUGAAAAGGCCACAAACAAUUACCAUGAAAGUAGAGUCCUUGGCGAAGGAGGCUAUGGAACUGUUUACAAAGGAAUAUUACCAGAUAACAAAGUGGUUGCCAUAAAGAAGUCCAAAAUUGGUGCCUCAACCCAGAAGGAACAGUUUGUUAAUGAGAUGAUUGUUCUCUCUCAAAUCAACCAUAGAAAUGUGGUGAGGCUAUUAGGUUGCUGUUUAGAGACACCAGUUCCUUUACUAGUUUACGAGUUCGUCACCAAUGGCACUCUUUUCGCCCACAUUCAUAAUAUAAGGGACAAAAGAUCAUCACUUCCAUGGGACUUAAGAAUGAAGAUAGCAACAGAAACUUCAGGAGCACUAGCAUACUUACACUCCUCCACUUCCAUGCCAAUCAUACACCGGGAUGUCAAAACAACGAACAUACUGUUAGAUGAAAAUUACACAGCGAAAGUGUCAGACUUUGGAGCUUCAAAAUUGAUUCCUGUGGAUCAAACUCAACUAACAACUUUAGUGCAGGGGACACUCGGAUACUUAGACCCUGAAUACUUCCUUUCAAAUCAACUAACGGAAAAGAGUGAUGUUUAUAGUUUUGGAGUUGUCCUAGCAGAGCUACUAACAAGUAGAGUAGCACUUUGUUUUGGCAGGCCUGAGGCUGAGAGAAACCUAGCAAGCUUCUUUGUUUGUUCAGUGGAGGAAGAUCGCUUGAAUCAAAUUCUUGACGAUGACAUAGUCAACGAUGGAAAUAUUGAGAUUCUGAAAAAUGUGGCCAUUCUCGCGAAAAGAUGCUUGAUGUUACAAGGGGAGGAAAGGCCUACAAUGAAAGAGGUAGCCUUGGAGCUAGAAGGCAUGAGAAUUAAGGCAAAGCAUCCAUGGGGGAAAGCUGAUUGUCCAGAAGAAACUGAGCACUUGCUUGGUUCAGGCAAGUCAGAUGCUUAUUGUGUGGAUGUUACAGCAGCAGAUUGUGGUCAUCCUAGUGGUACAAGUAGUGGAUAUGACAGCAUGCAAAUCCAGAUGUUAACGUCGUAUGGUGAUGGCCGAUAA